ACAACUUUAAAAUUUCCGUUGUGAAUUUCGAAAAACUUGUAAUGCAAAAGAUAUGAAGCAAAAUGUACAACUCUAUCAUCUGAGAAACUAGCUUUUAUCAAAGUUUCAAAAUGCGUAACAUCUUUGGCUCCAUUAUGUAUAGUUUUACCUUUGUGACGCUGUUUACCAUCGAUUACCUCCUGGGGAACGGUUUUGUAGAGCUAUUCCAAAGGAUAUUGUGUAAAAUGCUAUGUUUCAUACGAAAAUCCUUAAGAGAGGAAGAGAAGCUAUAUCAGAUGGGGGAGGGUGCUACAAUUAGCUUGAAGGUUUUGGUCUGUGAAAUAGCGUUACUCGGUUUUACAAUAACUUUCUUAAACAAAUACAAGAAAAUUCGUUGCAAGGACAAAAUUGAUGACCUUCUGCAGGAGAGUCGGGAGGCGUUACGGCAGACCAACGAGUUUCUUGACAAAUGGCGCCUGAGACGGAUGAAUAUGCAGUCACCUGAAGAGUACUCGUACCUUGAUGAGGAGCCCCAGCAGAUUAUGCCUUACAAGUUGGAGGUUCCGAUAUUACACAUGGCCAUUAUAGACGCAUUAGGUACGAGAAAUCAGCCAGAAAGCGGCGACACAGGUGACGUCACAAGUUGCACAGACUCCGCCCUCAUCUCACUGACGUCACUGCUCGACGACGAUUUCGUAUCGACAACCGAUGAACUCGCAGAUGAGAGAUUCGAAGAAACAAAUUCCACCAGGAAUCGGGUCUUAUGGGAUGCAACCGAGGAAGGCUCUAAUUUGGAUGAAUGAAGUACCAUUAACCUGUUGAUUGUGUCAAAAAUUUAUUUGUCUUUGAUCAGUAUUGAGUAACAUUGGAGUUCUCUACAGUUCGUUUCGUUUGUUA